UUGAGCUGCGCGCAGCGUCAAGAGGAGCGUCUCAUCCCACUUCAGUCUCAGCUUUCUCCUCCAAAUAUCUACCAGCCCAGGAAUUUACCACACUUUAAACCCCCAGAGGAAGAAGUACCACUAUUUUGCUUUCUGUUUAGCUUGGGGUGAUCUUGAGAGUUUGACAUGUCUUGCGCUGAGGCAUUGGAUCCCAGCCGGCGGUUCUGCGUGCUGUCGUGGGAUCAGGUGCAGCGGCUUGACUCGAUUCUGGGAGAAGCGAUUCCCAUUCACGGACGAGGGAACUUCCCCACUCUGUCCGUGCAGCCCCGGCAGAUAGUUCAGGUGGUCCGGGCGCGGUUGCAAGAGAAGGGCAUCUGUGUUAAAGAUGUGAGGCUGAAUGGCUCUGCUGCCAGCCAUGUCCUACACCAAGACUCCGGACUGGGAUACAAGGACCUGGACCUCAUCUUUGGCGUUUCUCUCAAAGAUGACCAGGCAUUUCGACUCGUGAAGGACGUUGUGUUGGACUGCCUACUAGACUUUUUACCUCUUGGCGUCUGUAAAGAGCGGAUAUCGGCACUGACCCUCAAAGAAGCUUACGUUCAGAAACUGGUAAAAGUCUGCAAUGACACAGAUCGCUGGAGCCUCAUCUCGCUGUCCAACAACACCGGCAAAAACGUGGAACUUAAAUUUGUGGAUUCCUUACGGCGUCAGUUUGAGUUUAGCGUGGACUCUUUUCAGAUUUGCCUAGAUUCUCUGCUUUUGUUUGACCGUUGCUCAGAAACGCCAAUGUCCGAGAGCUUCCAUCCGACAGUUAUAGGUGAGAGUGUGUAUGGAGAUUUCGGGGCCGCCAUGGAACAUUUGUGCCAACGGAUCAUAGCCACGAGGAGUCCAGAGGAAAUCCGCGGCGGUGGCUUGUUGAAAUACUGCCACCUGCUUGUCCGGGGGUUUAGACCAUCCUCUGAAGCGGACAUGAAGCAAAUGCAGCGUUACAUGUGCUCCAGGUUUUUCAUCGACUUUCCUGAUAUCGGUGAACAGCAGAGAAAACUGGAAGCAUACCUCCAGAAUCACUUUGCGGGGAUGGAGCACAAGCGUUACGAAUGUCUGAUGACGCUGCACCAGGUCGUGAAUGAGAGCACUGUUUGUCUGAUGGGCCACGAAAGGCGUCAGACCCUCAGCCUCAUCUCUAUGUUAGCACUGCGGGUACUAGCCGAGCAAAACGCCAUACCAACGGUCACCAAUGUCACGUGUUAUUACCAGCCAGCGCCCUACGUACAGGACAUUAAUUUCAGUAACUAUUACAUUGCACACGUGCACUCACCGCAGAUGUCCACGUGCACUAACUCUUACCAGACAUGGCUGCCCUGUAGCUGAAGAGACUGUAUCAAACUAAUGGACUAUCAAAAAAAAAAAGUUGCCAAAUGUGACUCGAUUAAACAAUCUUGUACUGCUGUGCAUUUGAUUGAGCCGUCCAACACCAAUCGGGCAUAAGAUCAUGACUUAUGUUAGAAGAUGGUACAUUUAGAGGUGGGCGAUGUUGACAAAAUUAAUAUCAUGAUAUCAAUAAUCAAAAUGGCAGAAAUGUACUAAUGCAUGUUUUAGUAGAGAUUUAUUGCCUGACCAGGCAGUCCCUUUUGCAUUCUUUUAGAUUCCAGAAGGGACUGGGACAAUAGAGCGUAAAAAAAGCCUCUGUCCAAACUUGAUUUGAUCCAACGUCAAAUGCGGAAGACAUCUCCUUGAAAAUUCUUGUAACAUUCAGAACAAAAUAUAUAACUUAUUUUCCUUGAGCUAAAUAAUAGUUUGGUGCUGUAAUUGGGGAUUCUCUAACAAUCUGCACUGUUUCUCAAUCCUUUAUGUAAUUUUUUUAUGUGUUCUUUUUUAUGUGUAAGCAGCCAUGUUUAUUUUUGAUGUGAACUGAACAUGCGUCUCUCUGACUGGUUAAGCUGCUGAAAUCAAAGAGACAGGAUACCGCUCCAGAUCCACUCGUCUUUAUAAAGUUUGUCAAAGCGAGUGGUUCUGCCUGAUCAGAUAAAGAGAUUUAAGUCAGACAAAUGUGAAAGGACUGUAAAAUUACCCAUAAGCAUGUAGAAACAUCAGUUCAUAAACCUGUUUGGUAUAUAUCGAUAUAUUGUUGCCCACCUCUAGAUGCAUUCAAUAUUAGGGCAUUACUUAAACUUUUAAUUUAAGUUUUAAUGUAAAGGAAAUAGAGAAGGAUUAAGCAAGUUUGAUGAGUGUGCAAAGUGUGCAGGCUAGAUUUAUCUAAAACAUGGAAUGCAAUGUGUGUUAUUAUUAUCACUGUAACUACUGUAGUUUAAGUGAAGAAAUUAAAAAGUUUAGGCUGAUUCAGGAAGAAGGAUAUAUAUAAAAUAUGAUUGUUUUAUAUUGGACUGCAUUUUGGGUAGGGGGUCUUAAUGUUAUGCCUGAUUGGUGUGUAUUCUUGCAAAACAUCUGUAAGAUUGCUGGUCAUUUCUGAGAUGUAGCGAUUGCAUUCUAUUUAAGUAUUAACGUCCUUACGAAACUUUCUAACAGAAGUACAUUUUUGAAGUAAUGAUGACGUAGCUGGUAUUGCUUUCACACUGGCUUUUUGAUUACUUACUGGACCAAAGAUGUAUUUGUUGUUCUCAAAGGAAGUAUUGUCAAGUUUCCAAGUGCCUAAAAUGAAGCCGGACAAGUUCUCAAGCAUCGGCUGUGUUUUGUAGAUUACUGUCUCGCUUUUCCAAAAACAGAAGCAUUCAAUUUUGUGACAUUAAAAACAACAAAAUGACA